CAAGUUCUUGAGCCCAACCUGACUCUUUUGGAUCCUUUAUCCUCUUCUCCGCAGGAAAUGAUCGCACAGCAAAGGCUGCUCUGCUCCACACACAAUCAGGUAAAGUAAUAGAUCGAACAAAACCAAGCAAGAUAAGAAAAUCAAACAAAGACUUCAGCUUUGGAGAUGUUUAUUAGAACUAAGAAGCUCUCUCAUGCUCGCUUGUGCUUCUCCAGCAUCCGUUAAAUUUGAAGCUUUGCAACUUCAAUAGAAAGGGAAUGGUGAGUUCAUAGAUAGAAUGGGUUCCUUGAGAAUUUUUGUUACUUCAGAUGUCUAUGAAUCAAAAAGAACUGUGGGUUCAUUUAGGACUUAUGAUCCAAAUGUGAAAGAUUGGAGUGGUAAUAGCUUUUGCGUGUCACAAUUUGGUGUUGGAUUGACUGUAAGGAGAUGGAAAGGAGAGUAUAAAUAUACUUCGAGAUGCAUGGAUUCUCUUACUUCUCAAAGAUUGGAGCAAUUUCCAAAGACAUUUGCUUUGAGAGUAGUUUUUCUUCCAAGUUCUUGCUUGAACUGGUGUAAUUUGAAUCCUGGCAGUAGUAGGUCAGAAUACAUUUAUAUUCAUGCACUGGAAAGGGAUGAUUUGUCCAGCUUGCAGCCUGAAUUAGAAGGCGAGUUUCGACCAGGUGUAGAAGAUAAUGCAACUUUAAUGAAAGGGGGCUGCGCUCUCACGAGCCCAGUUUCUACGUUGGUUCAGCUACGUACGUGCCAUCAGAAAAGCAAUGUAGGAGAAAAGAACGAGAGAAAAAUAUGGAAUCGGGUUCAUGUGAUGAAUAAAGUAGCACAGAGAAAGGUUUCCAAAGAGCUUUCUAUUAGAAAAGUGGGUUCAUCUAAGUAUAUAAGAAAUAAUGGUGGAUGUGAGGCUGUUUUGUCUGCGAUAACACCAGAGAGCAGCACAAAACAAUGCAACUUCAUUCUCAAAGUUCUUGAGCAGAGGAAUGAUGAAAAGGCAAUUCACUUUUUUGAAUGGAUGAAGAGCAAUGGGAAGUUGAAGAAUAAUGCUGCUGCAUAUAAGUUGGCUUUACGUGCUUUGGCUAGAAAGGAGGAUUGGGUUGGAGCUAACUUGUUGCUUCAAGAAAUGACUCUGGCUUCUGAUUUAGAAUUGAACUCUGAAAUGUUUAAUCAAUUAAUAUAUGCUUGUGCUAAAAGACGACUAGCUAUGUGGGGAGCGAAGUGGUUUCGUCUUAUGUUGCAAAGUGGAGUUCAACCUAAUGUUUCAACCAUUGGCAUGCUCAUGGGCCUUUACCAGAAGACUACAAAUCUUUCAGAAGCUGAAUUCACAUUUAGCUUCAUGAGGAGCUGCAACCUUCAAUGUGUCAUUGCAUAUUCUGCAAUGGUUACAAUCUAUACUCGUUUGGGUUUGUACGAUAAGUCAGAGGAGAUCAUCUCUCUAAUGGACAAGGAUGGCGUCCUUCCCAAUAUUGAGAAUUGGUUGGUUCGUCUCAAUGCUUAUAGCCAGCGAGGGAAGCUUGAUGAGGCUGAAACAGUAUUGAAGUCCAUGACAGAAGCUGGAUUUAUUCCAAACAUUGUAGCAUAUAACACUUUGAUAACUGGUUAUGGAAGGAUGUCUAACACAAAGGCUGCAGAAAAAACUUUCCAGUGUCUUAAAGGUGCUGGCCUGGAGCCAGAUGAGACAACUUACAGAUCCAUGAUUGAAGGGUUUGGUCGAAAUGACAAUUAUAAAAGGACACUGUGGUACUAUGAGCAGCUCAAGAGUGCAGGAUUUCAGCCAAACUCUUCAAACUUUCACACAAUGGUUAAUAUACAGGCAAGGCAUGAUUACGAAAAAGGCAUCAUUCAAACUCUCAGAGACAUGAAAAACGCAGGCUGCCAGUAUUCAUCAAUGCUUAGUAGCCUUCUGCAGGCAUACAAGAAGGCUGGGAGGGUAGAAAUCAUUCCUUCCAUUUUGCAAAACUCCUUCUACGAAGAUAUUUUGCUUGACCCAACUGCAUGUUCUAUUCUUGUGGUGGCAUAUGUGCAGAAAUCUAUUUUUGUAGAGGCAUUACAAGUUUUGAAGGAGAAGAAGUGGGAAGAUUCUAAGUUUGAAGAAAAUCUCUAUCAUUUACUAAUAUGUUCUUUCAAGGAGGAGAACCAGUAUGAAAAUGCUAUUAAGACCUUCCAUCAAAUGCCAAAAUCGGAACAAAACCCCAAUAUGCAAAUCACAUGUACUAUGAUUGGCAUCUACUGUGCAAUGAACAACUUUUCUCAGGCUGAAAAUCUCUAUUUAAUGCUCAAAGAUUCUGGAAUCAGCUUUGACAUGAUUGCUUACAGUGUGAUCGUGCGAAUGUACAUGAAAUCUGGGUCCCUGAAAGAAGCUUGCUUGGUUUUAGAUCAAAUGGAGAAGCAAAAUGAUAUAGUUCCUGACACAUUUCUUUUCAGGGACAUGCUUAGAAUAUACCAGCAGUGUAGCUUGCUGGAAAAGCUUGCAAAUGCCUAUUAUUGGAUACUAAGGAGUGGGGUGACUUGGGAUGAGCAAAUGUACAUUUGUGUUAUAAACUGCUGUGGUCGUGCGUUGCCUAUAGAUGAAGUAUCAAGGCUUUUUGAUGAGAUGCUUCAAUCUGGUUAUGCUUGCAAUACAAUAACCUUCAAUGUCAUGCUUGAUAUUUAUGGAAAAGCCGGGGUUCUUCGGAAAGCGAGGAGGGUUUUCUCCAUGGCUCGAAAACAAGGCAUGGCUGAUGUUAUCACUUACAACACAAUCAUUGCAGCUUAUGGACAGAGUAAGGAUUUCAAGAGCAUGAGAUCUAUUGCCCAUAGAAUGGAGACUUCGGGCUUUCCAGUUUCACUUGAGGCUUACAAUUGCAUGUUGGAUGCAUAUGGAAAGGAAAAUUUAAUGGAGGAGUUCAGUGAUAUUCUAAGGAAAAUUAAGAAAGCAAGCUGUUCUUCUGAUCACUAUACUUACAAUAUAAUGAUGAAUAUUUAUGGCAAGAAAGGUUGGAUUGAAGAGGUUUCUCAGGUGCUGGCUGAACUAAGAAGGCAUGGUUUGGAGCCUGAUUUGUAUAGCUAUAAUACCUUGAUCAAGGCAUAUGGGGUGGCUGGGAUGGUUGAGGAGGCAGUGAAUGUGGUGCAGGAAAUGAGAAAUAAAGGUGUUGAACCUGAUAGAGUUACCUACACAAACAUUAUAGCUGCUCUUCAGAGGAAUGAAAAGUUCUUAGAGGCUAUUAAAUGGUCACUUUGGAUGAAGCAGAUGGGAAUAUAAAGCUGAAAUAUGAUUUUUUUUUUUCCCUCUGUGCCUGAUGGAGGAUUCUGGCGAUUACGUUCAUCUUAUUUCUUGUAAUAAUUCAUAAAUGGAUUGCUCAUGUUUCCUUAUGGAUGUAUAGAAAAAACUUUAAUGAUAAAGAUUUAUAAAAGUGUUUCAUAAUCUUAUUAUUUUGUAA